UGAUGAUACGUCACUCAAAAGAAGUAGCUUAUUAGGGUUGUUUCCUUGAAGUCUUCAAAUUGGAACUUGGAACAGGGCACUGGAGAAGUUGUCCUCUGACCACUUCCCCCCAGCAAGCCAGCCACUGAGGAAGCCUGCCUGGCAUUGGAAACAAGUAACGCUGUGGAGCGAUGGACACGAGCCCGUCACCUCGAUGCCUUUCGCUCAACUUGGAUUCAAUUUAGUUAUCGAUCAGUUUGCAGUCAUCACGCACUGGCACACCGUUCGCUAGCUGCAGUAGCCAUAUUUCAUCACUGUGCCUUCUCCAAGGCUGCUUUGCCUCGCCCCUGAAAGGUUAUUUGGUUGAACAACAGUUGCGAAUACAAAUCGACACAGCCAAACACAAUGAAGCUUUAUGGUCUCCUCAUUUUUGCCAACCCGCCCGGCGCACCUGCGGUCCCACUUGUCAGCGCUUGGGACCUUGGAUCGUUCAGUUGGAUGCAGCGUGGGACAGUGCAGGACAUUAUGGGCUUCAUGAGCAAGACUGUCGCCGAGCGAACAGCUCCCACACAGCGGCAAAGCGUGCAGGAGAACAGCUACGUAGCCCACGUGCAUUCUCGGCCAGCAUCAGAUGGAAUCUGUGGCGUGCUCGUAUCGGACGCAGAAUACCCUACGCGCGUUGCUUUCUCUCUGCUCAACAACAUGCUUGACGAAUUCAUCAUUAAGGUGCCCAAGAUGCGAUAUGAGAGCCACGUCAACCGUAUCACUACGGGAAGCGCCCCACAGCCAUCCAAGGGCGAGGGAGUGCUCACCACUACUUCCGACUUCCCACAAGCGCAGGAGUACCUCGCGAGGUAUCAGGACCCUAGACAGGCGGAUACCAUCAUGAAGGUUCAACAAGAGCUCGAUGAAACAAAGAUUGUCCUUCACCAAACGAUCGAAUCAGUUCUGCAGCGUGGUGAGGAUCUUGACAAGCUCGUCGAGAAGAGUGGAUCCCUCAAUGCACAAAGCAAAAUGUUUUACAAAACAGCCAAGAAACAAAACUCUUGCUGCGUUGUGAUGUGAUGUUCUUUCUUCUUGUACACUACACCCAUUUGCUGCUACGCCUGAUAGACUGGACAUUGCUUCGCUCGCCCCUGCGUGGUGGCC